AGAUAGUUGUACACUGCUCUAGAUAAGCUGAAUGCUUCAAAAGUUGCUUCAAGCAGUUCAGUUUUAAUCAUGUAGUUGUUAUUAUUAUUCAUAUGUGCAUAAAUGAACAUUUUCAAUAUGAGUAAUAAUAAUAAUGAUAGGCCUGGCAUGUCAUCUUCGCGAUUUCUUCAGGUGCCUUCAGAAGAUGGAAUUGCUCCCCCAUCAAGGCGAAGAUUUGCUGGAAUUUUACCAAUACGAAGACAUUCGACUGGGAGUCGACCUACUACUGUAUUUGCUGAACUCAGAAGGCCCACUAGGAAAUCAACAAUAACCCCACCUUCAGGAUUUAUAACGAAUCAAGAUCCUUUACUUAGAUUAAGGGUGAUUGCUGGCCAUUCAUUGGCAAAAAAAGAUAUAUUUGGUGCUAGUGACCCAUAUGUGAGAAUAGAACUAAACACAAUUGUUGGAAAUGUAUCUAUUGAUUCUGUUUUGACAAAAACAAAGAAGAAAACUUUAAAUCCAGUUUGGAAUGAAGAGUUUGUAUUUCGUGUCCGACCUCAUGAACAUAAAUUAGUGCUGCAAGUAUUUGAUGAAAAUCGCCUGACAAGAGAUGAUUUCUUAGGAAUGGUUGAAGUACCAUUAAAUAAUGUACCUAAAGAAAUAGUUGGCAGAAAUAUAUGUAGUCUUCACUAUGUAUUAAAGCCUAGAAGUGCAAGAUCAAGAGUAAAGGGUUAUCUAGAGUUGUAUCUAGCAUAUGUUCCGGAACAAGAACCAGGUACUUCUGGUCGAUUAUCUGUAGAGGGUGAUUGGGAAAUGAUUGAAAAUGCUGAAGUUUUGAAUGGCUCUCAUGUUUCAUCUCCGUACACACCAAACGCAAUUGAAUCAAGUACAGCUUUACCUUCUGGGUGGGAAGAACGACAAGAUGCUAAUGGACGAACUUAUUAUGUUAAUCAUUUAGCAAGAUCAACCCAAUGGGAAAGACCGACAAUUACAGACCAUUCAGAUGUUAAUUCAAUUCAGAAUUUAGCAUUAGCUGCUACUGAAUUUGAAAGAAGAUAUCAUAUUAGUGUCGAUACUCCAGAAUCCGAUAAAGGAGAUCCUAAUAGGAAGAAGGGUCUUCAAAGUGAUGCGGAUGAUGAGAGCGAUGAAGGUUAUGAAGAAUCGGACCCACUAACUAAUAUCGAUAGAAGACUUUCCAGUGUAUCAAUACCAGCUGAUCAAAAUCAGAGUGAUCAGGUGGAUUCAAAUUCAAAUGACCAAAAUAAUACAACAUUAGCUACAGCUACAGCAGCAACACAAGAAGAGUCGCCUACUCCAGAAGGAUCUGAAGGUUUACCAAAAGGAUGGUCAAUGCAAGUCGCUCCCAAUGGUCGGACGUUUUUCAUUGACCAUAAUACUAGAGCUACUACUUGGGUAGAUCCUAGGACUGGUAGGGCAAGUUCUAUGCCUAACCAAAGUCAACCACCUGCAGCUGAUCUUAUUGUUUCCACAUCGGCCUACAAUGAUGAGUUAGAACCAUUACCUGAAGGUUGGGAAGAAAGAGUUCAUGCUGAUGGCAGAAUUUUCUUUAUAGAUCAUAAUACAAGGACUACUCAGUGGGAAGAUCCAAGAUUAAACAAUCCUAAAAUUGCAGGCCCUGCGUUACCUUAUUCUCGUGAUUAUAAGAGGAAAUAUGAGUCUCUUAAAACAAGACUGAGUAAAAUGGCUCAUGGACCUCCUGCUAAAAUGGAAAUAAAAGUUCGGCGAUCUAAUAUAUUGGAAGAUUCAUUUCGUAUAAUUAAUUCAAUGCACCCAGAUAAACUUAGAGCAAAAUUAUGGGUAGAAUUUGAACAAGAGGUUGGUCUCGAUUAUGGAGGAUUGGCUAGAGAAUGGUUUUUCUUGUUGUCCAAAGAAAUGUUUAAUCCAUAUUAUGGCCUUUUUGAAUAUUCAGCCAUGGACAAUUAUACACUACAAAUUAAUGCAAUGUCAGGGUUGUGUAAUGAAGAACACCUUCAUUAUUUCAAAUUUAUUGGUACGGUUGCAGGGAUGGCUGUAUAUCAUGGCAAACUUUUAGAUGCAUUUUUUAUUCGGCCGUUUUACAAAAUGAUGUUGGAAAAACCAAUAGAGCUAAAAGACAUGGAAAGUGUUGAUUCUGAAUAUUACAAUUCGUUGUUGUGGAUUAAAGAAAACGAUCCUUCUGAAUUAGACCUCACUUUUUCGCUUGAUGAGGAUAGUUUAGGCCACACAUCACAUCGAGAGUUGAAACCUGAUGGUGCUAAUAUUCACUUGACACAAGAAAAUAAAGACGAAUAUAUAAGCCUUGUGAUUCAGUGGAGGUUCGUAUCUCGUAUACAGGAGCAAAUGAAUGCAUUUUUACAAGGAUUUGGUUCUAUAGUACCUCUUAGUUACAUAAAAAUAUUUGACGAACACGAAAUGGAACUCUUAAUGUGUGGUAUACAGAAUAUUGAUGUAAAAGACUGGAAAGAAAACACUCAUUAUAAAGGAGAUUAUUCCCCAAACAACAUUGUAAUUCAAUGGUUUUGGAGAGCUGUUCUGUCAUUUAACAAUGAAAUGAGAUCUAGGCUUCUGCAGUUUGUAACUGGUACAUCUAGAGUUCCAAUGAAUGGAUUUAAAGAAUUAUAUGGAAGUAACGGUCCACAGUUGUUUACAAUUGAACGAUGGGGGACCAAAGAAAAUUAUCCCAGAGCACAUACUUGUUUUAAUAGACUGGAUCUUCCACCAUAUGAAAGUUAUCAUGAGUUACGAGGAAAACUAAUUAAAGCUAUUGAAGGCUCACAAGGGUUUGCUGGAGUUGACUAAUAUGCAAAUCCGAAUGAUAAACUAAUUAAUUAAUCAAAGGAGAUGCCCUUACCAAAUGCAAAAUAUGGUUAAAUAAUGUUUACCCCUCCAAUGAUCACAUGUGAUAUAUGACUAACUUACCUUUGUUAAUUUACAAUUAUUGUAAUAAAUCAUUCCAUUGAGUGGAAUAGUGUAGAUUUAUACAUAUAUAAAAAUAGUAUUACGAUGUUUUAUCUUGUUAGCAAAGCGCAUUUUUUGAUAUAGUUAUAUUCAGAUUAUAUAUAUAAGUAUAUAAUGUUCUGUAAAUUAUUUUAAAGAAUUACCUAUUUUUAUUAUUAUUAUCUAUAACUAGUAUUCAGGGUAGUUUAUUUACUUAAUUCUUUUAAAUAAAACUGCAACUUCUUCUCAAGUAUUAAAUGGCAACCUUAAAGUUGUGAAAUCGUAUGUACCAUGAUAAUUCAGACAAAAAUUGUAGGAAAUUAUGUAUCUUAAAAUAAAAAAAUAAAAAAGAAUAUGAAUCUUCUUGCAUAAAUAAUUAUUAUUAUUGAUUAUAAUCAAUAUACUCUGUUUAUUGGGUAUUAAAAAAAAUGUUUAAUGAGCAAAACUAUUCAACUAUUAUUUUAUUCUUAAUUAUUAAGUUAGGUAACAUGAUACUUAAAAA